CCCCAAUCCUCUUUCUUGUAAAAGCAUCUUCCAUACUUUUUUUUUAAAAGAAAAAAAAAUCAAAAUGCAAUUUAAAAUGAAAAGAGGAAACAGAAACAAGAAGAAUCAGAAGAGGAAGGGGGCAGAACCCGGCUGCUGCCCAUCAUGCCAAGCGAUCACCGACGUCUACCGACACCUGCAAACGUCCCACUGUCAAUCUGCAGUGCACGAAGCAAUCUGGGGGUCACCACAAUACCCAUGCCCCUCUCACGUGAAUACGUCUAGCUUUUUGUCUAUAAAGCUGGACAGUCACCUUGAUUAUGUGGCGUGGAAAGAACAGAUGUUGUGUCUCCUGGACAGCCAGGGUAUGCGUGGUUUUAUCGAUGGCACGUUUAAGAAACCCCAAGCGAAUGGUGGUCCAAAAGGGAAGCCGGAGAAGACUAAGUACAAAGAAUGGAGCAGGUCGGACGCGCUAGUGAAAGGAUGGAUCUUUGGUUCCAUAAGUGAAUACAAUAUGGACGAUGUUAUCGGUCUUGAAACAGCUCAUGAGGUUUGGAAUAAGCUAAAGAAUAUCUUUACUACUCCGCCUGCUCCUAUCAGCAGCACUGACGCCGAGAUCCAGACCCAGACAGACAAGGAAAAAUGCGAAGAAGAGUACGUGCCACUAUGCAGAGCUAUUGGAAUGGGAGACUGGAAGAAAGCUCAAGAGUUUUUCAACGAGGACAAAGAUGCAUUGAUUAAUAAACUCAACCAUUUUGGACAGAGAACACUUCAUCUUGCAAUUGGUAAUCCUGAAAAUGUCAAGUUUCUUGAUAAUCUCCUUGACCUGAUAAACCCAGAGUCACUUCCAACGCUGGUGGAUAAUGAUGGUCAUAAUCCAUUGCACCUUGCUGCAACGCUUGACCACAGGGAGGCGGCAGAGAAGUUGGUUGGGAAAAACCCACAUUUGUUAUUCAUUCUCGACAAACAUAAUUGUUUGCCUAUCCAGAAAGCUAUUUAUAAUUCUCAUAAGGCCACUUUUCUUUAUUUGCUUCAAGUGUGCAAACAAUAUAUUGGGCUCAGCCAACAGGAAGGAUAUCACAGCCCCUUUAUGGGCCAAUACGGUCUCAUGCUUCUCAAUGAGACAAUAUGGUCAGGGUUUUUCGAUGUUGCAUAUGCGUUGCUCACAGAGUAUCCUGAACUUGCUACAACAAUUGCCCCGCCUUAUAAUUCUCUAUUAUGGAGUAUUGGGAAAGAGAAGGAUGCAUUUCGGAGUGCCAAAUGUUAUAACUUCUACCAAAGAUUUCUUUAUUCUCAUGUGUCGACAAAGAGUUACGGCAUAGAAGAUACACAUAAGAUUCCAGAUAUUGAGAACCAAGAGACAAAUAGUGCUAGUGUUGUGACCAAGUGCACGAAGAGCUACUCUGAUGUGUCGACAAAGAGUUACGGCAUAGAAGAUACACAUAAGAUUCCAGAUAUUGAGAACCAAGAGACAAAUAGUGCCAGUGUUGUGACCAAGUGCACGAAGAGCUACUCUGAUGUGUCGACAAAGAGUUACGGCAUAGAAGAUACACAUAAGAUUCCAGAUAUAGAUAUUGAGAACCAAGAGACAAAUAGUGCCAGUGUUGUGACCAAGUGCACGAAGAGCUACUCUGAUGUGUCGACAAAGAGUUACGGCAUAGAAGAUACACAUAAGAUUCCAGAUAUUGAGAACCAAGAGACAAAUAGUGCCAGUGUUGUGACCAAGUGCACGAAGAGCUACUCUGUCAUCAAGAUGAUUUAUGUCAAAUUUUGGGAGGUUGCACUACUACAUGUACCACAUAUCAUGCACCUCCAUGAAGACAAAGUGAAACACAAUCUAGCUAUUAUGAUACUCAGGUUUAUAUGCGAAGAAGUUGUUAAAUUACAAUCUAACCAUUUCGGAUAUUAUUCAUCUGCAUAUAUUGCCGCCAUUCUUAAUGAUACUCCAGAGGUAAUAGAGGCGUUAACCGAAUUUUUUCCUAGAUCAGUUUGGACCACGAACAGUGAUGGUUACGUACUUUCUCAAUUGUCGAUCAAGAACCGUUGUGAACAUGUUUAUAACUAUUUUGUGCACGAGGUUACUCAUGAGAAGUAUUUGCAUAAUUCAAUUGUUGACAAAGAUGGAAAUAACCUUUUGCACUUGGCUGGACAAUUGGCACCUGCAUACAAACUCAAUAUGGUUACUGGUGCGGCAUUACAAAUGCAAAGGGAGUUACAGUGGUUUCAGGAAGUGCGUAAAUUAAUGCGUUCGAAGGAUAGGGAAGCUAAAAUCAAAAAAGGGGAAACCCCAAUGAUGGUAUUUAAAAACGAACAUGAGGAUUUGCGAAAAAAAGGUGAAGAGUGGAUUAAAAAAACAGCCGAUUCAUACACAAUUACAGCUGCACUUAUUAUCACAAUAGUUUUUGCAGCUGCCAUUACUGUACCAGGUGGAAACAAUGGGGAUACUGGGAAAGCAAUUUUUGAAAGGAGGAGUAGCUUCAUAAUAUUUGCUAUCUCGGAUGCGAUCUCAUUAUUCACAUCCACCACCUCAUUGUUGUUGUUCCUAUCCAUUCUCACAACACGUUAUGCAGAAGAGGAUUUUCUCCACAAGUUACCAAAGAGAUUAAUACUUGGCCUUGUGAUGUUAUUCAUGUCGGUGACAACCAUGUUAAUAGCCUUCAGUACAACAUUAUAUAUUAUGUUUGGGCAAGAGAAUUCAUGGAUCCUGAUCCCAAUUGCUGCAAUAACAUGUCUACCAAUUGCUUCUUUUGUGACAUUGCAAUUACCUUUGCUUAUUGAUCUCAUCUCUUCAACAUAUGGUCCUGGAAUCUUUGUUAAGCGAAGUGAGCUUAGGAUAACAUCGUAAGGGAACUUUUAUUUAUUUAUUUUUAUUUUUCAUGUGUACUAUAUGUAAGAAACAAUAAAAGUGGAUGUUCUUUUUGUAA